AAAAAUGGCGGACGAAAUUACAAGUCAGCAGAGCAAUCCUCUUUCAAGAAAACUGAAUAAAAUUCUAGAAAUGCGUCUUGAUAACGAUAAAGAUCUCGUUGAUGCGUUGAAAGCUCUGUCGACAUUCUUUACUGAAAAUAGUCUAAGAGAGCGUAGGAAUCUUCGUGGUGAUAUAGAAAAGAGAAGUCUUUAUGUCAAUGAACAAUUUGAAAGUGCUUUUAGAGAAGUGAAAGAGCAACUUGAUCAUGUGCAAGGUGAUAUUGAGUCUAUGAGCAAAUGCUGUGAAGAGAUGACCACUAGAUUAAAAAUGGCUCGUGAACAAACAUCAGAUCUAAUAAACAAAACCACCAAACUCCAGGCAGAAAGCCAAAAGGUGCAGUUGAAGCAGAAGGUGGCAGAUGCAUUCCUUGACCGCUUCCAGUUGAAACCAUAUGAGGUUGAAGCAUUGAAAAAUUCUCGCAAUGAGCCAAUAACCGAGGAUUUCUUUUUGGCAUUAGCAAGGGUAAAAGUAAUUCACAGUGAUUGCAAGUUGUUAUUGAGAACUAAACAGCAAACAGCUGGUUUGGAGAUAAUGGAGUCGAUGGCAUUGUUCAUGGAGUCUGCUUAUGAAAGAUUAUACAGAUGGACGCAGGCUGAGUGCCGAGGUUUGACUGGAGAUAUACCGGAGAUUAUGCCAAAUCUACAAAAUGCCAUGGCAGUGAUCCAAGACAGACCUGUUUUACUCAAAUACUCUGUUGACGAAUAUGCCGCAGCAAGAAGAACAGCAAUCGUCAGAUCUUUCAUUGAUGCACUUACUCGAGGAGGUCCAGGUGGCACUCCAAGACCGAUCGAAUUAAGUGCACAUGAUCCUAUCAGAUAUCUAGGAGAUAUGCUGGCGUGGCUUCAUCAAGCAGUUGCGUCAGAGAAAGAAUCCAUGCAUUCCCUAUUAAAGCAUGUACAAUCCUCAGUGACUGAUGAAUUGUCCUCCGAACUUCUGGCUCAUAUAUCUGAAGGUGUCUGUCGACCAUUCAAGGUACGGGUGGAACAAGUCGUUGUCUCGGAACAGGGUUCAGUUGUACUUUUUAAACUGGCAAGUGUGCUGAAGUUUUACAGGUCCACGAUCAGUUCUAUUGUUGGUGAAGAGUCCUCGUUCAUUUUUACAAUCGAAGAGUUACAUACACUGGCCAUGAAGAUGUUCUUUAAUAGCCUCAGUCUUCAUGCUAGCAAAGUUUUGGAUAAGGUUGAAAUUCCACCAUCAGAUCUUGGGGCUACUGCUUCGCUGAAUGAGACAUUGUCUUUAUUACGCGAAGUACUUUCCUCCCAUGAUGCAUCUGUUGUACCACUUGAUGCUCGGCAAGGAGAUUACUCCAAGGUUAUCUCUUGUCUCAUUGAUCCAUUGUUGCAGAUGUGUACAAUGUCCGCUAGUCAUUUAAGUACCUGUGAUAUGGCGGCUUAUAUGGUCAACUGUAUUUAUCAAAUGCAAACAACCUUAGCCGUCUAUGAAUUUACGGAUAAACAUAUUGAAAUGCUCGCGGCUCAGACUGAGGCACACCAAGAUACUUUGGUCAGUGAACAAGCAUCGUUUAUUCUGGAAAGGUCUGGAAUUGGAAGUAUUUAUAAUAUGAUUCAAGAUCAACCAGCUCAAAAGGUCCCAUUGUCAACAGUGAACGGAAUGGAUGUACAGAGUAUUAAAGACUAUAUGAGUAAAUUUGACAAAUACCUUUCGUCACCAGACAGUUUAGUUUUACCUCAAGUUGAUCUUCUUAGAAGCACACGGUUAAGGGAUACAGUGAACAAACGUUCUAGUGAUUUGGUGUGUGUGGCGUACAGGAAAAUAUACGACGCUGUGUUGAAUCCGUUUAAUGAAUAUGCAGAUCCUAAGACGAUCGUAGUACGGACUCCUGAUCAAGUAUUAUCAUUGCUUUCUUGAGUUCAAGUUGGCUUUGAAUCAUGAUAUUGUUGACCCUGUGGUAUCAGAAACAGCUCUUUGACGUGUGAUAUUAUUGCGUCAUGCUAAUUAACUCUCCAUCUUCGCCAUCUAGCGAAAAUCCGCAGGCGCAGCUAGAAAACUACAAUUUUCGCAAGAAAGCGUGAAGGGCGUUACAUAUGAUAAUUUAAAUUAGCCUAUAUUACUACCACUAGAGUAGCCUACCACAAAUUUGUCAUCGUCUACUCCUUUUUGGCACAGCUAAUCGUUAUAACAAUACAGCUAUAACUUGAUCAUCAA